UUAUAAACAAAAAAAUCCAAAUCCCUUACCCAACAAAACCGUCUAACUUCAAUUUAUCACAAAUACAAUGGUCGUCUUCUAUCCAUCUAAACAAAAUCCCAUGGAUUCAACACCCUAAUGACCAUACCAUACUGUACUAGGACAUAGAGAGACGAAGUUCCAACCUAAUCAUGACUUCCCUCACUGUCUGCCUUUGCAAUCCGUCAUAUUACUAUGAUCCCAAAACCCUUUUAACUGUGAAGGAGGAUUCAACUUAUACAACCAAACCAAUGGUUUCGAGAUCACCAUAACACCACCACAAACAAAAGAUUAGACACCUGCAAAAGCAUACCCACAGAGAGAGAGAGAGAGAGGAGUUUGUUUGUGUGUGUGUGAGAGAGAGAGAGAGGGGUUUUUUUGUGGCUUUUGGCUUUACCGACUAUAGUUAAAGCCAAUAAAAAGCCCGUUUUUAAUUUCAUCAAAGGAAACGAGUUAAACGUAAACUUUUUUGUGGUUCUUUUCGGUUUUAAAAACUAAAAUAUUUAAAUCCGAAAAUUCAUUCUAUUUAAGAACUAAAGUCAGUUUUUACCGUGUCACUCUUUACUGAUCUCACACAAAGUAACGACCUGGCCAGGAGGGUUGUCCUUGAUCCUGCUCAUGGAGUUGAUCUGAUUGUUGGUUUCCAUUCAAAUGUUAUUGUUGUUGAUACUACUGAUAAGUCUGCCACCCUUUCUGGAUAUCCAUUUGGACCUACGCCUGUGGUGUUGGAACUUGUUUUUCAGGGAAAGGGAAGUUAGCAGUCCCAUUCAGGCCAUUGUUGGUACUCAUAUAUUCAGUCUUCCCAGGAGAAUGAUGAUUCAAAGAAUUACUGAGCCCAACAUCUCGUGCAGAUUGAGGUUGAUAUCCGUCCAACCAGUUAUAAUCAUCAACCAGCAGAUUACUGCCAGACAGAUCCGAACUAGAAAUAAACUCCUUAGCCACCUUAGAAGGGACCUGGUUAAACCCAGGCGGAGGCUCAAGAUGCCUAAUGGGUCUACUGAUUGGACUUUUUCUUGUUAGUGAUGUCUGAACACCCAUGGCAUCGGCAAUAAGCCCAGAAGAUGAAACAUCAUCGACUUUGGGUGGCAACACAGCUUCAGGCACCCGUGAUCUAUGGCACACUACCUAUACAAUUAACAUUGAAGGACUAUCGGAUCGAGAAUGAAUGCCCAUGAUAAUAGAAAAUUCCAUGAUUUUCUUGCAUCUCAUUUUUCAUAGCAUGGCCAUUACCCGUUAGAUUUAACCCCGUUAAGCUACCAGCAAGGAUGCAACUUCUUCUGGUAGCCACUCGCAAGCCUGUAACUGGGCUGGUGGAAGGUGAGUAUUCUGUGAUUGGGUAGGUUGAAGGUGAACAACCUGAGAUUGCGCAGAUUGUUGAUGCAUCGCUUGAGUUUGAUACAGUUGAAGAUGCAGAACCUGUGAUUGAGUAGGUUGAACAUGCCCUGGAAGGUUAGAACCAACAGCAGAUAUAGGUAACUGGAAACUCGUUGAUCACACGAGUCUUGUCGUAUUAACUUGCAUAUAAUUAUCAUGUUAUUCUCAUGCUUUCAUGCUUUCAUAUUUAGAUUAGGAAUAUUUUGCUUUGUUUUUUGUGUUUCAUGUUUUGUAGGUGACAAAAAUUAUUUCGGAAACAUUUGGCACAAAUAGAAUAAAAAUGGAGCAAACUCGGUUUCAUGGGCAGUUUUGACCGUUUGGAAGAAUUUGACUAUAACUUUCUUAUCUGAAGUCCAAAUGACGUGAUUCCAAUUUUAAAAGAUUACCAACUCAUUGUAGUUAUGAUCUGGAAAAGUUGAGAUCAAAAAGAGAAAGCAUGAAUCGGGGUCGAAAGUUGCAAGUCACGUUUCGGAUCCAGAAAAGCAAAAUGCGAAUGGUGUACUAUUUCCUCCAUAACUUUCGAUUGGGAGCUCGAUUGCUUCGCCAUUUAUUUCACAGUAAACUAGACAUCAAGAGCUUUCCAUAGACACCAAGAUCGUAAUUUGUGGUGGAGAUUUGGUCCUUCAUCGAGCAGUUACAAUCUGAGCAAAAUUCUGGUUGCUGACGUUAUGGCUUACAUCAUGGAGACAACUCAUCUAACACGCCACUACGAAUUUCAUCAUUUCCAUCCACUUUUGCCUUUCAGAAACUCCUAUAAAUAGAUUCUUAAUCUGAUCUCAUUCAACACACAACAACAAGAAACAAAAAAACAAAGAGUAGAAGAAGAUUUGGAGGUUUGGAGCAUGAAGAACAAGUCUUGAAGAGAAGCUUUCUCUUUCUCUUCUCUCUAUCUUUAUGUUUUUAUGUUUUCUAUCAUUUGAUGAUGUCUCUUGAUGUCGCUUAAGCAAACUCGUUCGGUGAAAGAAUACUUGCAGGAGUAUGAAGAAUUAGUGUCGCAGUUGACAUAUCUUCCAGAUCAUUUUCUGGAGAGCGCUUUUAAGAAUGGAUUGAAACCUGAAAUUCGUGAUAUGAUACGAGUUUUCGAGCCUCAAGGAAUCGACAAUAUUAUUUCAAUGUCUUUGCGGCUGGAGGGUUGUCGGUUGUGGUCAACCGGUUUGGGAGUGGAGUCAGGUGAUCCUAAUAACUCAUCUGGUUGCCACCAAAGGAAUUCAGGGAAUAGGCAGGACAAUAUCAAAGCGGCAGUAACAGGAAAUGGUUUGCAGCAGGGCUCUGAUGAGUUGCCACAUUCAGAGAAAGGAAGUUCUUCUCGUCGAUUAACGGAAGCGGAAAUUGACGAAAAUAGAAGGAGAGGUCUCUGUUUUCGUUGCGAUGAGAAAUCUUAUGUUGAGCACCGUUGUAAGAAUAAAGGGUUACGGGUCAUUUUGGUUGAGGAGGUGGGAGAGUUAUUGUUGGAAGAGGAUGAAUUACACUGUCAGCCCUUAGUUCCUCCAUUGGAGAUGCAUGACAGAGCUGAUUCAUCGAUUAAUUCAGCCAUAGGCCUCACGUCCCCAAAAACUUUCAAGAUGAAGGGAUGUAUUGGGGAUCAGGAGGUGGUGGUGAUGAUAAACAGCGGGGCUACACAUAAUUUUUUGUCGGUGGAGGUAAUUUGUAGAGCAGUGGUGUUAAAGCUGCAGAAUCUGGAAAUUGUGGCGGAUUUCUUACCUCUGGAGUUGGGUAAUGCCGACGUUAUCUUGGGAGUGCAGUGGUUAAGGACAUUGAGAGAAAUACAAAUGGAUUUUGAGUGUCUUGAGAUGAAGUUUGGUAUUGGUAAUGGGGAAACGAUGGUGACCGUUAAAGGCGAUCCUAAUUUGCAUACCUCACUGGUUUCGUCCAAAUCAUCGAUGAAACCUGUGCAGCAAGGGGAGCAGAGUUUUCGGGUGGAGUUGGGGGCAUUAACGGGGUGCGGAGUUUUCGGGUGGAGUUGGGGGCAUUAACGGGGUGCGGAGUGGGUCAGCAGCCACUUCAGAAGCGCUGAAGAUUGCGGAAAGAUAAGCAACUGCAAGUCUAUGUGCUAAGGAAUAGUCAGGAGUUGGGUGAAGAGAAGUGGAGACUGUGCGUCAGAAUCUGUAUUGGAGCCAGUAUUAGAGUCUGUAUUGGUUUGUCGGUAAUAGUUUGUUCUGGGGCGAGGGAAGAGAGUGGGAACUCUCUGUAAUCAAAUUCUCCAACUUGUUCUUCUUUUACCGAUCAACGUAGUCUGAAUC